CCAAAGAAUUGUCCAAUUAAAUAAUUCAUACUCAAAUUUUAUUAUCAGAAUAAAAAAUCCAGCACCGCCCGACAAUUUUAUCUGCAAAAAACCCAAUCUUCUUCUUCUUCUUCUUCAGCAUCAUCUCAUCAAGGGAGGGUUAGGUGGUGAAAUUGAUAGUAGGAUGGAAACAGUAGCUGCUUUUCGGGCUUCUUUCAGCAGUGUUUCACCUAACUGGGCCGCUGGAUCCGGGUCGGGCAGACCCGAUUUGAGGCUUGCUUCUAGAUCCGUGUUGUCUAAUGCUUGGAUUCAGCAAAGACAGUCGAUUUCGCACAUGAAAUUUGGCAGCAGAAAGGUGGAACCUUUAAGCAAGAAGCGCACUUCAAUCAGAGCAUCUAAGCAAUCUCCCGAUUCUGGCAAUUCAUCAGCUCCGAUUGCCCCACUUCAAUUGGAGUCUCCAAUUGGACAAUUCCUCUCUCAGAUAUUAAUAAGCCACCCUCAUCUCGUACCCGCUGCAGUUGAACAGCAGCUCGAGCAGCUUCAAACGGACCGCGAUGCAGAAAACGAGAAGGAAGAUCUCUCGGCAUCGGGCACCGAACUUGUACUAUACAGGAGAAUUCAAGAGGUUAAAGCCAAUGAAAGGAGAGAGGCAUUGGAAGAGAUACUGUACGCGUUGGUCGUGCAAAAAUUCAUGGAUGUGAAUAUACCUUUGGUUCCUACAAUUACUCCAUCGUCGCCCGAUAAAUCGGGCCGAGUGGACACCUGGCCAAGCCAAGACGAAAAGCUCGAGCGCCUCCACUCGACCGAAGCCUACGAGAUGAUCCAGAACCACCUUGCCCUAAUUCUUGGAAAUCGCCUCGCAGAUUCUAACUCGUUAGCUGAAAUAAGCAAACUGAGGGUGGGCCAGGUUUACGCAGCUUCCGUUAUGUACGGGUAUUUCCUUAAACGCAUAGACCAAAGGUUUCAGCUCGAAAAGACUAUGAAGGUACUCCCACAGGGUACUACUGUCAAUGAAUACGAAAACAUCGAACAAGUGAUCGCAGACGACAAGAAAGAUUCUGUGAGGAGCGCUCAAAAUUCCCAUCCGGAAGCUUCUACAUUUUCCAGCGGGAUUGGCGGCAUGAGUUUCGCCGGAGUAAAGCCAUCCCGAUUGAGAACUUACGUUAUGUCGUUUGACGGGGAGACGCUCCAGAGAUACGCGACUAUUAGAUCGAAAGAGGCUAUAAGUAUAAUCGAGAAGCACACAGAGGCAUUGUUCGGGAGGCCUGAGAUAGCUAUUACACCUCAGGGUACGGUUGAUUCUUCAAAAGACGAACUCAUCAAGAUCAGCUUUGGCGGGCUGAAGAGGCUCGUUCUUGAAGCGGUGACUUUCGGCUCUUUCCUUUGGGAUGUCGAGAGCUUUGUCGAUUCGAGGUACCAUUUCGUUGCAAAUUGAGGGUCCCCACUGACAGCUGUCGAAUCUAUAGUGGCUAUUUGAACUUAUUAAUUUAGAAUAAUUAAUAUUUAGUGAAACUAUUUAGUUUGAAGAAAACAUACUGUGCUGUGUAAAUAAUGACUUUUGGCUUGAGUUUAUGUAAUAUUUGUUUCUAGUGUUGAAUGUUGAUACAGCUUGGUUCUUUAAUUUA